CUCAGCAAACCAACAGUUAUGUGGCAGGAUUUGGAUCCGUAUUUCCACAACUUUAAACUGUUCUUAACUUACUGGUUAAUGUCCUCCAACAGGGAAGAAAUGUCCGAUUCCGUUCCGGGACCAGGCAACCAGGAACAGUCUCAACAGUCCCAAGAUAACUCCUCCGAGCCUUCCACUACAACUAACCGGGAAAAAACAUUCAUCUGUCCGACAUGCCUGAAAGGAUUCCGGAGCAAGCAGCAAUUGAACCAGCAUAGCUUGGUCCACUCGGGAAUCCGAAAGUAUGAGUGCAGCUAUUGCGACAAAGCCUUCAAGCAACUGUCUCAUCUCCAGCAGCAUCAGAGGAUUCAUACAGGUUGGUUCCUAUCCCUUGUUUGGUUGUUGUAGCACUUUUUUCUAACUAUUCCGUCCCGUGUCUCGAUACGGGCAUCAUUUAGCAUACCAUAAAUAUCUGCACUUGAUAUUGAUGUUGUUGUGUUUGUGCAUGCAAGACUUUGAUUGUUUUGUAAUUUGAUAAUUUGUUGUCUCCCUUAAGCUGCUGUCAGUCUGUUGAGAAAGAAAACUUUCAUGAAUUCUUCCUAUUCUAGAGAUAAUGGAGGAUAUAUGUAUAUGUAUACAUGAUGAUGAAAGGAAUACCUGUUUAUUUAUUUGUUUGUUGAUUUUCUGUUUUUUCUAAUGUAUGUAUUAUUUUAGUGUAAGUUAUCGUUUCCCAUUACUUUGACAUUUUACUUCAACUAUUUGCAUGUCCACAAUUUAUGGAAUAUUUCUGAGGACUUCUCCCGAUUUACAGAGAUGAUUGAUUGUCUGAGUCUCCAGGUUUUAUUUUAAUAUUGAUGUUUAGUAGAAAUUAUUGCAUUUUAAGUACCUGUACAGAAAUUUAAGUUAUGAAAACAGCAGGUGCCUAUUCUUUUUUUAAAGAGAAUGACAUUUGCUAAUGCUUUCUGAAAGAAAAUCAGUAUUGAUUUUAAUAUUUUAUCAGAAAUAAAUUGUUUUGAAAAUGGCUAAUGUCAUUUCAUAACAGAUUACAAUCAAUAAAUUAAAUGAAUAUGCUCCUUGUGCGACUACUUGCAGUGUAAUUCUUGUCUUGUGCGGCAGUUUAAUUCUCUUUAUUUUUUAAUUUUAAAAGUUUGAGUUUUGAUAGAUUUUGCUUGAUAUUUAAAUAAUAAGUCAAAGUCAUCCUCACCUGUCUGAAUGUUAUUCCGAGGCUACUUACUUUCUGGAUGUUUUGCUGCCAAACUCCUCAUCCAGUUUUAACCCUCUGGAUCAUCGGCAUCAGCCCCAUCACCACCACUGUCGCCGCCACCACUACCAACAACAACAACACUACAAUUCCCAUCAUCACCACCAUCGUCACUACCACCACCCCCAACAACACCAUAAACACCACCAACAACAAUACCAUCACCCCAACAACAGCAUCACCCCAACACCAACAC